AUGGCAUCUCCUUGGUUCACGACCGCCGCUCUCUUUGGCGGGAGCUCCGUGGCGUUUGGAGCCUUUGGUGCACAUGGUUUGAAGAGUCGAGGUAUUGCGCCGGAGAAGAUUGCGAGUUGGGGCACGGCGGCGCAUUAUCAGUUGAUUCAUACCGUCGCUCUACUUGUGAUUGAGCAGGCGGCGCCGAAGAAUGUUUAUGCGAAGUCGCUGUUUGCUGCUGGCAUGGUUGGCUUUUCUGGGUCCAUAUAUGCCCUCGUGCUCAACCCGGAGCUCAAGUUUCUCGGACCUGUUACGCCACUUGGAGGCGUAUGCUUGAUCGGCGGAUGGCUCGCACUUGCCUUUGGAAGCAGAGGUCGUGCGAUUGGUCUGUAG